UUGAAAACACGUGCUACUAUUUAUUAUUGUAAAAAUGGCUAAAAAGUGUUUUUUGUGUGAUUCGGAUGAUGGUGUUAUUGAUUUUAAUGAUGGAACUUUUAAAAACUGUUCAUUAAAGUUAGCUUUUCGUAAAAUUAAAAACUUCAAAUACAAUGUUGUUGAGCUAACUUGUGCAUCACUCGAUUUUAUAGGUUACCAUACCACAUGUUAUAAAAAAGUGACUGCCUUGAAUAUAAAAUAUAAUGAAGAAUUUGAAAAUUUUAGUGCUGAGAAUACUGUAAGUACAUAAUAAUUGAAUAUUUAAAAUUAUUUUCAAUACUUCUACAUUUUUUUCAUGAUGAAAUAAUUGUUACUAAAAUUCACCUAUGAUUUUGUAAAUUUUUGAGACACAAUUUUUUUAAUUAACUUAAAAAAUUGUUGUUUAUAAUAUAAACAAGAAAAUUAUCUGAUUUUUGUACUUUUUGUAACAUAAUUAAAUAUGAAUGUUUUUAUUCAACUAUUCAAAUUAAGAAAUAAGAUUAGGAAUAGAAUUAAGAAUAGAAGAUAUUGUCGAAACAACUGAAACAGAAAGCGAUGACGAAGAAUGUUCUGACAUUGAAGAUCACAUUUACAUGUCUGAUGACUCGGAUCCUGAAUAAUUUGAAAAUUUUAAAAACUUUUGUAUAAUAUAUACACACAUAUGUAAUUAAUUUAUAAAAAUAAAUAUUUAAAAAACAUUCUUCUAUUUUAAUAUUAACCUACUCCAAAAUGACGCGUAGCAUUUACUAGUCUAUCGCUAUCCUUUUCGUUUUCACCGACAAAUAGCAUGCGCGCUCUCUUUCAUUCAACCAACAAACUAUAGACAGCUGCAAUGCUGUGUCCUCUUCUAUCGCAUGGGAUGGUUUGCUGGGACCUCGCUGUCGCACGUAUUCACUCGCAGCAAUAUUUCACUUUUUAAAAUUCAACAACCGCAAUUCAGGACUGAUUUUUUGCAGACAACCCUAUACCACCGUGUUCGUAAUAAAAUUAUCUUUAUUUUUAUUUUAGUUUCAUUCAAUAAUCAGACCGGUGCAAGUUACUGUUAUCGAUUUACCUGUUUAUACCUGCCUACCUAAGAGUUGUGACGGGAAAUAAAUAGUCAACCUAAUGUUUGUAUAUUCUAUAGGUUUCAUAUUUUCGAUUGGAAUGGAAUUUGUUCAUUAACCAAGCCAGUGUAAUUUAAAAAAAAAAUUUUUUUUUAAUUGUUAAUUAAUCAUAUUCUGGACUGAAAUUUUUUAGACAACCCAUUCGCAAUAUAUUUAUUGACUUAUUUUAUUUGAUAAAGAAUAUCUUUCAUCCAUUAACCAGCUCGGUGAAG